GAGGGAGCUGGGAGGCGACGCCAAGUCUCCAGUCCCGAGAGGUGCCCAAGGGAAAAGGAGGGGGCGGCUGAAGCGGUCCCAGAGUGAAGCCCCUUCGGUCCCUUUCUUCAGCCAGCAUGUCGCGGACUCCGCCGCUCCUUCGCCCGCGCGGCGGGGACCCCGGACCGCGGCGGCGGGCGCAGCCCUGACGCGCUGUGGAGUCGGGGGGCGCCCGAACGCGAGAGACGGGGUCAGGGAGCGCGAGCGGCCGCUGCGUCCGAGCAGGGCGUGCUGAGCCCCGCGGCCACCCCCGAUCCCGGCCAUGAGGAGGGACGAACGAGACGCCAAAGCUAUGCGGUACCCUCAGCCUCUGGACGGGGCCGGCUCGCCCCCUGAGAGUCUGAGGAACGGCUACGUGAAGAGCUGCGUGAGCCCCUUACCCCAGGAUCCUCCUCGCGGCUUCUUCUUUCAUCUCUGCCGCUUCUGCAACGUGGAGCUGCUGCUGCCACCGCCGGCCUCCCCCCAGCAGCCGCGGCGCGGCUCCCCAUUCUCCCUGGCGCGCCUCUCGCUGGGCGCCCUGGCAGCCUUUGUCCUCGCCUUGCUGCUCUGCUCCGGGCCCGGGAGCUGGGCUGCGGGGGCCGCCCUGCUGCGGACUUUGCUGAGCGUCUGCUCGCACAGCCUCAGCCCUCUCUUCAGCAUCGCCUGUGCCUUCUUUUUCCUCACCUGCUUCCUGACCCGGACCAAGCGGUGCCCCGGGCCGGGCCGGAUCGGCGGCGGCGGCUGCUGGUGGCUGCUAGCGCUGCCCGCCUGCUGUUACCUGGGGGACUUCUUGGUGUGGCAGUUGUGGUCUUCGUCGUGGGAGGACGGAGGCGCAGAGGUUCCCGAGCCUCCGCACACGCCCCCGGUUCCGCACUUGCCCCCGGCCCCGUUGGGCAGGUUGUUCUUGGGGCUGAGCUGUGUGGGUUUGCUGACGCUCGUGCACCCGGUGAGGCUCCAGCACAGCAUCCUGGUACUGCUCUUCUCCAGCUUCGUGUGGUGGGUCUCCUUCACCAGCCUCGGAUCGCUGCCAGCACCCCUCAGGCCGCUGCUGUCCUGUCUGGUGGGGAGCGCUGGCUGCCUGCUGGCCCUCGGGUUGGAUCACUUCUUUCAAAUCAGGGAAGCUCCUCAUCAUCCUCGGUUGUCCAGUACCGCGGAAGAAAAAGUGCCUGUGAUCAGACCCCGGAGGAGGUCCAGCUGCGUGUCGUUAGGAGAGACUUCAGCCAGUUACUAUGGCAAUUGCAAAAUGUUCAGGAGACCUUCGUUGCCUUGUAUUUCCAGAGAACAGAUGAUUCUUUGGGAUUGGGAUUUAAAACAGUGGUAUAAACCUCAUUAUCAGAAUUCUGGAGGUGGAAAUGGAGUUGAUCUUUCAGUGCUAUAUGAAGCUCGCAAUAUGGUGUCAGACCUUCUGUGUGACCCAGCCCUUCCCCCACGAGUCAUUUCUUCCCUACGGAGUAUCAGUAGCUUGAUGGGUGCUUUCUCAGGUUCCUGUAGGCCAAAGAUUAAUCCUCUCACACCAUUUCCUGGAUUUUACCCCUGCUCUGAAAUAGAGGACCCAGCUGAGAAAGGAGAUCGAAAACUUCACAAGGGCCUAAAUAGUAGGAGUAGCUUACCAACACCACAACUGAGGAGGAGUUCAGGAACUUCAGGUCUGCCACCCAUUGAACAGUCUUCUUCAAGGUGGGAACGUAAUAAUGGCAAAAGACCUCAUCAAGAAUUUGGCAUUUCCAGUCAAGGAUGCUAUCUAAAUGGACCAUUUAGUUCAAAUCUACUGACAAUUCCGAAGCAAAGGUCUUCUUCUGUAUCAUUCACUCACCAUAUAAGUCUGAGAAGAGCUGGUGCUGUAUCCUGCGUGACUCCUGUGAAUUCUCCCAGUCAUGGACCAGUGUCUGCUGGUUCUCUAACUAAUCGGUCAUCUAUAGAAUUUCCUGAUACCGCUGAUUUUCUUACUAAGCCAAGUGUUAUUUUACACAAAUCUGUGGGCAAUGUACCCAAUACACCAGAUUCUUAUCAGCAGCUUAGAAAUUCUGAUAGCAAUCUUUGUAACAGCUGUGGACAUCAAAUACUGAAAUAUGUUUCAACAUCUGAAUCAGAAUCUGGUACAGACUGCCAGAGUGGAAAAUCAGGUAAAGAAAAAAAUACCAUUUUCUCGAAAGAAUCAUUCAAACUUACAGAGACUCAACAAGAAGAGAAAACAGAGAGGAGAGACUGCAAACAGUUAUUUCUGGAAGUUGAUGGUCAACUAAUAGAAGAGGCACAGAAUGCACAACAACCAAAUAUUGAACAGGAGUCAUCACUGGACUUGAUUUUAAUAGAAGAUCAUGACUCAUUAAUAGAAAAGAUGAGCAACUGGAAUUUUCAAAUCUUUGAACUUGUAGAAAAGAUGGGAGAGAAAUCAGGAAGGAUUCUUAGUCAGGUUAUGUAUACCUUAUUUCAAGACACUGGCUUAUUGGAAAUAUUUAAAAUUCCCACUCAACAAUUCAUGAACUAUUUUCAUGCAUUAGAAAAUGGCUAUCGAGACAUUCCUUAUCACAAUCGUAUACAUGCCACAGAUGUCCUACAUGCAGUUUGGUAUCUGACAACACGGCCAAUUCCUGGUUUUCCGCAGAUUCACAAUGAUCAUGGAACAGGAAAUGAAGCAGAUUCUGAUGGGAGAAUUAACCCUGGACGAAUUGCUUACAUUUCUUCAAAGAGCUGCUCUAUUCCGGAUGAGAGCUAUGGCUGCCUGUCUUCAAACAUUCCUGCAUUGGAAUUGAUGGCUCUAUACGUGGCAGCUGCCAUGCAUGAUUACGAUCACCCAGGGCGAACAAAUGCAUUUCUAGUGGCUACAAAUGCCCCUCAGGCAGUUUUGUACAAUGAUAGAUCUGUUCUUGAAAAUCAUCAUGCUGCAUCAGCUUGGAAUCUCUACCUUUCUCGCCCAGAGUACAACUUUCUUCUUAAUCUUGAUCAUGUGGAAUUCAAGCGCUUUCGUUUCUUAGUCAUUGAAACAAUCCUUGCCACAGAUCUUAAAAAGCAUUUUGAUUUCCUUGCUGAAUUCAAUGCCAAGGCCAAUGAUGUAAAUAGUAAUGGUAUAGAAUGGAGUAAUGAAAAUGAUCGCCUCUUAGUGUGCCAGGUAUGCAUGAAACUAGCAGAUAUAAACGGCCCUGCAAAAGUUCGGAACUUGCAUUUGAAAUGGACAGAAGGCAUUGUGAAUGAAUUUUAUGAGCAGGGAGAUGAAGAAGCGAAUCUUGGUCUGCCUAUCAGUCCCUUCAUGGAUCGUUCCUCUCCUCAACUAGCAAAACUCCAAGAAUCUUUUAUCACCCACAUAGUGGGGCCCCUGUGUAACUCCUAUGAUGCUGCUGGUUUACUACCUGGCGAGUGGAUUGAAGCGGAAGAGGACGAUGAUAUUGAAAGUGGUGAUGAGGAAGAAGAUGGUGAAGAAUUAGAUACAGAUGAUGAAGAAAUGGAAGACACUCUAAAUUCUAAACCACAAAGAAGGAAAGGCAGACGGCGAAUCUUUUGUCAACUAAUGCACCACCUCACCGAAAACCAUAAGAUAUGGAAGGAAAUCAUAGAGGAAGAAGAAAAAUGUAAAGCUGAUGGGAAUAAACUGCAGGUGGACAAUUCUUCCUUACCUCAAGCAGAUGAUAUUCAGGUCAUUGAAGAAGCAGAUGAAGAGGAAGAGCGACAGUUUGAAUAAGAGGAGGCAUGCUGAAGAAGACCCCAAGGGCUAUGCCCAGUGUCAGAAGUCACUGCCUAGUUUUCACUGUGCAGACUUAAAAAUGGACUCAUUCCUAUGUGGACAGGCCUUAAUACUGUGAGAGGAUCCUUGUUGUGCAGGCAGUUUUCCACUUCUAUGCACUUUCGCCACAUGAACUAGAAAAUUAUUCUUAGAUCUUGGCUUGAGUUGACUCGUGUUACAGAGCCUUUAAUGCCUUCUCUGGUAUAUAAAUACUUUGUCAUAAUGCUGCUUUGCUGCAUAGUGAGCUCUUAUUUUUCAUGCCCUGGUGGAGCAUCGGUUAAGCACUCAGCUGCUAACUGAAAGGUUGGUGGUUUGAACCCACCAGCUGCUCCACUGGAGAAAGAUGUGGCAGUCUGCUUCUGUAAAGAUUACAGCUUUGGAAACCCUAUGGGGCAGUUCUGUUCUGUCCUCUAGGGUUGCUGUGAGUCAGAAUCGACUCAACAGCAAUGGGUUUGGUUUUGGUUUUUUAUUUUUCAUGAAGGGUAGCUGUAACUAAAAAGAACUCAAGUGACUUACUCCAGUUUUCAAAGUGGUCAGAACUUUUUGCUUUCAUGAAUACAGGAUUCAUAGUAUUUCCAAAUGUGUCUUACAUCUUUGAAUGUUCUGAAACAAAGUCUGUGCCUAUCUAAACAGGAAUCCAGCGCUGCCUUUCUGUGGGAUCUCUGCUUGAUGCAAUACUGUUCAGUGCUAUCCAGUGCUCUUCUCCUAGCUAGGUUUAUUCAUGAAGGACUGAGUGACCUUAGUUAUAUUUAACAAAAUCCAGGUGCAUCAAUUUCUGAUACUUUUUACUGUUGUGUAUUAUCAAGUAUGUGUGUUUUAUUUCUGCUCAGCAUAUAUUCAGGUUUGCCAUGGACAUCAAAAGUCUGAAUUCCAGUCUUGUUGACUUUAUGUUCCAUGGUAGAAUUUUAAAACUGUUUAGGUUUAACAGUGAAGGAAUUUUAUUCUUUAAUCAAAACUGUUCUUUUUACUUUUUCUCAGGAGUAGUGUUUUUAAACAUCUAGUUAAAAUAAACACAGUAUAGAAUUGUCAGAAAAAAAAACUUUUUUCUUAAUAUUAAUGUUAACCUCUUGUGAAAUGAGCAUCAUUUUCUCUCUUCUUAGAUAAAUUCGAGACUAAUUAAGCCAAGGGAAAAGGAGAUAUCUGUCUUUUGCAAUAAUGCAAAGCCAAAUUAAACUACGCCUAUCAAAGAUAAAGAAAAAAAGAGAUAUAGUAAGCUCUAAAGCACACGUACACUGAAUAAAUAAUAACAUAUGGCUAUCUUUAGAUCCAUAUCUUAGGUACCAUGUGUUUAGUUACUGUAAAACUGACAUUCACCUUUCUGUUAAUUUCCUUCUGCCUCAAGACUGUAUGACAGAAAUGACUACAGGACUACUCAAUAUUUCUAGAGCCCAACUGCAAGUCUGAUUUCUGAGAUAAAGUAAAUAGUGGGACUACUUAUUUACUUUUUACUAAGUAAACAGUAAAUCUAAGUAUUUUAGUAAAUCAUUUCACACAAAAGCACAUUAUUAGAUAACCACAAUUAUUAAGAUUAUUGCAAAGAAAAUGGACCAUAUUUACAAUGUUUGUAAAUUUGUUACGGUGUGGAUAUGUACUCUAGUUGUAAAAAAUGGUUGAUAUAAUGAGUUGCCAAAAUGACAGCAAGAUGGUAGACUAAUUUUUUCUAUUGUUCAUGGAGACCAUAUCAGCGUAUACCGUUUUGGGAUCCAUUGCAGCUUUUAUAUAUAGUGAAACCAUUAAUUUUCCAAAGUAACUUCUUUAAAGUAGACUCAGCAGGCAAUUUCCUACCUACAUAGAAUAGUUGGCUUAUCUGAAAAAUAUCAACUGAAGAUCUAUGGAAAUGUUGGAAUUUUUGAUCCUACACAGUAUCAUAAUAUUUAAUGAAUCACUGAGUUUUAUUUAUUAGACACAUUAAGUGUUGCAUUCCUUCCUGCCACUUUUAACUAACAUUGCCACAUCAUUUGUAAACUGAUUCCACCAUAUAUUACUGAGUAAUAAAAUUUUAACUGAUAAUUUAUUGAGUUUGAACUUAUAAUGUAUAUAUCCUAUGCUUAUAUUUCUCUAGAGUACAUUUUUGCAUCCUGCAUAUUUUUCUAUUGCUUCCUCUCCUGCCAAAUACAUGUAAGUGUACAUAUAUAAAUUCAUACAUGUGCAUGCCUGCAUGAGACUCAAUCAAACUUCCAUGCUAGAUUUAUUGAAAUUUUGUAUUAGAGAUUCUUUAGUGUAUAUGUUCUCAAAAGAAGCAUGUUUUCAAUUUAUUGAAAAUACUACUACUAGGAAGUAAUUUUUAAAUAAUUUAAAAUUAUUAAAUUUUUAAAGCUAAUUAUUUAACACUUGCUAAAUUACUGACAUAUAUCAAAAGAGCUGGCCCAAAGAAACUGAAAAGUAUCCUUGCUGAAACUUAUUAAUUCAUAAUUGUAAGAAAUAAAUGUAAGAGUAUAUUAAAUAUACAUAGUGCUAUUACAUGGAAUCUUACUUGAAAAAUUGCCAUAAACCAUAUCAUAGAUUCUAUUUUGAUUGCUACUGAAUUAGAGUAAUAUUUUAUUACAAUAAUUCUCACCAUUAAUCUGUUUUAAGUUACUGAUCUUGGAAAUAAUCUUUUGGUGCUAUAACAUAUCUAUAUGUCUACUGACAUUUUUCUCCAUAAAAAAUAUACUUUUCAAAGUUCUUUCAUGAUUUGAGGGCAUUUUCCUGCUACUCCCAUCACUUACUUUUCUGGUGCUACUGGCUUUCUCUACUCAUUUUUACAAGAUUUCUGGCAUUGUUUAAGUAAUCAGAAAUUUCCUCUAUCUCUCUAGAUUGCAUCAUCUCACAAGAACAGACUUCAUAAAAAAAGGGUUCCUUUAUUAUAGUUGAGAGGCUAAUCUGAGCGACUAAAGAGUGUGUGAGGAUUGGAGUGGUGGGUGGACCAGGGAUGAGCAGCUUCUCAGAGGAAGGUGACUUUUAAGGUGAGUACUGAAAAAUUAGAAUUAACACAGAGAUUACUGCUUGUAGAGAGGGAAUAAUGAUACGUACAGAGGCCAGGAGAAGAGAAAGCUUCCCCACAUGAGAGGAGCCAAAAGAAAAUUAGGGUGGCUGGAACAUAGAGUACAAGAAAAAGGAAGAGUAGAGUGAAACAGGCUAAUAAAGGGCCUUGUAAAGCAUGAGCUGUCAUUUAAACUUCAUCUGAAAGGAAAUGAGAAACAACUGAAGAGUUUUAAUCUGGGAGGGUGACAUAAUUAGGUUCACAUUUUAUAAGGAUCUUUCAAAUAGCAUAUUAGGUUGAACGGAAGAGCAAGACUGGACAUACGGAGAUCUUAGUGUCUAGACUAGGAUAUGUCAUAGAUCAACAGGGAAGUGAAUAGAAUUGAGAGAGACUGAAGAUGCAAAAUCAGUUGCCCUGGCAAUUAACUAGACAUAGUGUUAAGAGAAAGAAAAAAGAGGGUGACUCCCAGAUCUCUGAUUUGGGCAACUGUCAUUGUCAUUCACUGAUACAGGUCAUUCACUGAGGUAGGGGUAAAGUUUUGGUGUGGUGGAGGAUAAGAAGAUAAUUUAGUUUGGAGCAAACUGAGGUUGAGGAUCUUUUGAGACAUCCAGCUAUAUUUAAAUAUGUACGCGUGUGGAGUUCAGAAGACAGAUGUGUGCUGGAGGUAUAGAUUUGUUAGUAAACAGUCUACAGCGAACAAUGAAAACCAUAGGGUGGAGUCAGAUUACACGUAUUUUUUGAAAGAGUCAUAAGAAAAGAGAUUCUAGGUUAGAACUCUGAAAAAACCAAACUUUAAAGGCCAGGAAAAGGAGUCUUAAGAACAAGUGGCUAUAGAGAUAGAGGGAAAAGGAGGGUACAAUGUGACAGAAGCCAAGGUAAGAAGUCUUUUAAGAAGGAAGAAUAGUCAGGAAUGUCAAAUGUUGCCUGAAAGAUGGAAUAAUAUGAGGUCUGAAUAUGUUUCCAUCGGUUUUAGCAACAAGGAUGUCAUGUUUCAUUGGCAAGAGAAGUUUCAGUGGAAUGAUAAGACCAAAGCUGAAUUAUAAUGAAUUAAAAAGUGGGAAGACUCAUCGAAUUAAGUUUCUGGCACUACAGCAGAUUAGAUAAAGGACCUUGCCACUACAGAACGAUGGGAUACAUUACUGGGCUUACAGAAAUAAAAGAAAUCUCCCUGAGUUAAAUUCCAAUAACGAAAGAACAGAAACCAGAGACGAGCUGUAAGUGCUAAACCACAUCUAAACUCAAAGUUAAUCAAUGCUUAAACAGAAAUCUGAGUUUAAGCCUUGGGCCUAUCACAAGGUGAAGGAGCAGAAUCUGAGAAUUCUUAAGCCAACAACCUUGAAAGGAGCCAAAGAGAUGCCAAGUCAGGACUUCAUAAACUGCAUUAUCAAACAGUAAAAUAACCAUGUAUGAUAUGUUUAAAGAAAUAAAAAAUGGAAUGACAUAAAAUUGAGCAAGCAAAAAAAAAAAAAAAAA